AUGGCACAGACUAACCGGACACCAGUGACUGAAUUCUUCCUCUUGGGACUCUCUGAUGACCCAUUCAACCAGAAACUUCUCUUUAUCUUAUUCCUUGGUGUGUAUCUUGUCACUGUACUUGGAAAUUUGCUUCUCAUAUCCCUUGUUCAGGUUGACUCCCGACUUCACACACCCAUGUAUUUUUUUCUCUGCAACUUGUCUCUGGCUGACCUCUGUUUCUCUACCAACAUUGUUCCUCAAGCCCUCAUUCAUCUACUUUCCAGGAAGAAGUCUAUUUCAUUCCUACGUUGUGCAGCUCAGCUUCUUCUCUUCCUUGUUUUUGGAGGUACCCAAUGUGUCCUCCUAGCAGUAAUGUCCUAUGAUCGUUACGCAGCCAUCUGCAAACCUCUGCAUUACUCCAAUGUCAUGACCUGGAGGGUGUGUGUCCAUCUUGCCACGAUAUCAUGGACCACUGGAAUUCUGGUGUCUGCUGUGGACAGUACCUUUACACUAAAGCUACCUUAUCAGGGAAACAAUAGAAUUGCUCACUUCUUUUGUGAGGCCCCUGCAUUAUUGGUUUUGGCAUCCUCAGACACCCAUACUUCAGAGAUGGCCAUUUUUCUUGUGGGAGUUGUGAUUCUCCUAAUACCCGUUUCCCUGAUUUUGAUAUCCUAUGGACACAUUAUUGUGACUGUGAUCAGAAUGAAGUCAGCUGCUGGGAGACUCAAAGCAUUCUCUACCUGUGGUUCCCAUCUUGUAGUGGUCAUCCUUUUUUAUGGGUCAGCAAUUAUAACCUAUAUGACACCAAAAUCUUCGAAAGAGCAGGAAAAACUAGUAUCAGUGUUCUAUGCAGUGGUGACCCCCAUGCUUAAUCCUCUUAUCUACAGUCUAAGGAACAAGGAUGUGAAAGGAGCUCUAAGAAAAGUCACUACAAGGAAUUUUCCAUGCAACCUAGGGGUCUACCACUGA